AUGGAACAUGGAAUGGCGGCUCGACAGCUCCUCCAACUGCCACAACCCACAGCACUUCCUCCUAUGCCCACAAUCCCAUCUCUGCCGCUACCAACCCCCACCCUGCCGCAACCAACUCUGCCGCCGCUCCCCAGCGCCGGUGCCAUUCCGACCAUGCCCACUAUUCCUUCCAUCCCAAUCCCAAAGGUUUCUCUGCCGCCGAUGCCUAGUGGUUUGCCAACCAUGCCUUCCAUCCCCGGCCUUACCCCGGCGGGCCCCGGCAACUGA